UACCUGCGCUCUCUGUCAGAGGCGAUGAGGAGGGGGUCUGAACACGUGGGAACAGAGGGUCCCGUUUAGCCCCGCCUUCUUUGUCUAGAGCCCGCCCCCUUCUUCCUGUCCAAGCUCUGCUCGUUUGUUUGGCUUUCUACCCGCCUUACCUCCGGUCAACGCAUGCGUGGUAGAAUCUGUCGCGAUGGAGCAGCUCCUGGAAGAGGUGCCGCUGCGCUUCUCUCGGUUGCCCAUGUUCCCCUUCUUCGACUUGGCGCAUUACGCGGCUUCCGUGAUGACGCUGAAGGAGCAGCGGGGAGCAGUUGAAAUUUCGAUUCACAGCCCCAUUGCUUGCUGGUUUAGUGCUAUGCUUUACUGCUUUGGCGGGUCCAUUUUAUCUUCCCUGAUGCUAGCAGAACCUCCAGUUGCAUUUCUUGCCAACACUACCAGUGUCCUCCUUGCCUCAUCAAUCUGGUAUCUUAUAUUUUACUGUCCACAUGAUCUAGUCUACCGCUGUUUCUCUUUUCUGCCUAUACGACUGGUGGUUGCAGGAAUGAAGGAAGUGACUAGAACAUGGAAAAUAACAGGUGGCAUUGCCCAUGCACACAGCCACUACAAAAGUGCCUGGAUGAUCAUGAUAGUGGUUGGCUGGGCCAGAGGAGCUGGUGGUGGUCUAAUAUCCAACUUUGAACAGUUGGUGAGAGGUGUAUGGAAGCCUGAAACUAAUGAACUGCUGAAGAUGUCCUAUCCUGUGAAAGUAAGCUUGAUAGGGGCAGUACUCUUCACUAUGCAGCACUGCACUUACCUUCCAAUGACAAAACAGCAGCUUAUGUUCUUUUACACUGUCUUCCUGGUGGUCACAAAGGCAGCCAUGAUGCUGAUGCAAUGCAAAACUUCUCCAUUUGCACCCCUUGAGAAAGCACUGGCCUGCUUAUUUUUUGGUCAGCAGCCAACUAGUUCAAAGGCCAAUGCACCUUAUAAUGGCAUCUCCUCAACCUGUGACCCUACUACUAGUGGAGAGACUGGUGAUGCUGUUAAGAAAAGACUGGCAAAGAAAACUGAUUGAGAGCAUUGACAGUGCCGUAGGUGGCUAAAAAUGGCUUGUUUGUAUGUGCCUAUAAAUAUUUAAUGUUUCUGUUUCCUAAUGAUGUGAAAUGACAAUUGUGUAGAAGGAAAUUCUUACUGCAAGAAGCUAGCUACAAGAGCCUCUGAGCAGUCAGUGGCAAAAGUUUUCCUGUGCAAACCUCAGUCCGGUGAAGCUCUUGCAGGCUAUGUUGCCCAUGAACUCUUUGUACUGCCAACUACUGCCCAGUGGCGCUGCAUAGCCUCUGAGGGUGUGUGUGUGUGUGUGUGUGUGUGUGUGUGUGUGUGUGUUUGGUAAAUUAGAAUUCAUAUUUGGAUAAGAUGCAUCAUGUUAGAUUUUUUCCUAAUGUAAAUGAUAAAAUAAGAGAUAAUAUUGUGAUUUUGUUUGUAUGAGACAUUUUAUGGUGGUGGAAUCAGUUUUCUAGUUAAGAAAACAAAACCCCUUACUUUUAAAAAGCCUGAUUGAAAUAUUUGCUGGCAGCAGCAGAAUGCAACAGCCUGACGUGAUGAUUUUUGUUGAUUAUAUUGUAUUUGGGACAUGAUCCAGCCAGAGUUGGGUGCUUUUAAAUAAGUGGGAGAGAUUUAACUAUAUGUGUUAUAGGAAUUCAUUGUGCUUAAUUCUGGCUGAAUUGUACCCUGAUAUUCAUUCUUUAAUACCAGAGGGUUGCUCUCCCAAUAUUUUAAUACACAAAGUUUUUAAAUCUAUUUGAGCAAUGUGAACAUUUUUUGUGAAAAUGUAAUGUAUUCAGUGACUGAAAGGAACAAUAAUUAAACUGUGCUGUUGAACAUAACAAGCCAGCUUAAUCUUCCAACAAAUCUUCUUAAUUCUUAAUAUACUGCUACUGAAUUGUCUUCAAGGCAAACAUUUGUACUGUUUUUCACACUCUGCUUGAGUCACAAUCUAUCUUGUUCAGUUUUUUCACAAAAAUACUAGUUUUUUCCAAUUUUUCUACAUGUACUCACCUGUAUCUUGAAAUAUUAAUGUUUUGUAAACAUGAACUUCAGUUUUUCUUUACUGUGUUUUUUAAAACAGGACAGUGAAACCUGUUAAAAAGUGAAUUCUUAUGGCCUGUGUUUGUGAAUAGGUAUUCCUCAAACAGUCCCACUUUUAAGCAAGGAGGGAUGUAUUGUAGAAAGGACUAAGACCUCCUUCUAGAAUAUAUUACUUUGGGUAGUAUCCAGUGGUGUCCCAUUACUGUCACUAAUGACAUUAUAGCUAUAAUGGUGUGCAUAACCACUGCAUAACUGUUGCACUAGUUGCCUUGCAUAGAAGUGGUGCACUGUGGCACAGUAGUGUUAGCAAGAGAGUAUUGCUGGAUGUUUAUAUAAAAUGUAUUUUAUUUAAUAAAAAUGCAUUCUAGACAUGCCCCCUCCCUUUUUAUUUUUUCUGAAAUAAUUUGGUGUCUGGCUAGCUCUUGUAAAACUUGUACCAGCCUCUGAGCUAAACAGCCAUGUAUAAUUGCAUAAACUAGCCGUUUUUGCUGCCUCCCUAAGACUGCAGAAACAAUGUAGUGCAGGAGGAACAAACUUGUGGGCCUUAAGAUGUUAUGCCCUACAUCCCCCAUUAUUCCUAAGCUGUAUAGCCAAUGCUACCAGUUGAUCAGAGUGUUAGCCCAACCAUCUGGAAAGCAACCCAUUGCUUACCCCUAGUGUUGGAGUUGUUAGUUGGUUGAACAGAAAAGCAAAGCGGGAAGACACCAAUUGAAGAGUGUUCUCUUUCCUUCAUUUUUCAAUCACCUGGUUGCUAAUUUGUGCUUGGUUUUGUGGAUCAGAAGUAGUGUGGGCCUACUCUAAGAUGUCUAGCUAAGCAUUUUAAGGCUUAAAUUAUUAUUUUUAGCGUUUUUUUACAUCCAGGUCAUAAAUUGAUGAAGAGAGAGGAAUUUAAUUGGCAAGUUUCAAUUUUCGGACUUAUAACUUAAGUUUCCUUUUUGGUCAAAGGCCUGUUUUGGGAGCAUUUAAUUAAAGUAUCCAGAAAAUGGUAUCAGAAGCAUCCACAUAGCAUUACACUGAUCUUGAUUAUCACGCAACUGAAAAAUGCUUACAGCAAGCACCAGCUAACAGUGUGCUUCUGAUGGUGAUGACUUCUAUGUGUAUGUGCUUCUAAAGUCAUUGACAUCUUUCUAUGAAUUUUUGGAACUAGAUUUUUGUACUGCAUUUGGUGCUUUUACCAACAAUCUCACAGUAAUUGCACUGUAGUCCUUGUAGCACAAAUUGAUGUGAAAGAGUAUUUAAAAUUGCUGUUAAUAUAUUUAUAGUUCUUAGGCAGAAAAUGGCCUGCUUUGUAUUUGGAUUCACUGUGCAUUUUAAAAUUCUACUAUUAAAAUAAACAAGGAAACUGUUUGUGUC